AUGACUACAACCAACGAUACUUCGGAUCAAUGGACCAUCAUCAGCGACGCUUCGGAGCGAUGGGUCAGGAUCGAGGACACUUCCGACCAGUGGACCAACAGCGAAGACGCUUCCGAUGGAGUGACCAGCUUUGAGGACAUUUUCGACAAGGACAGUGACCCCAAAGACACUCUCAAAAGCUCAGAAGUCGACGCCGAGGCCUGGGUCCUCAAAUCGAGCGAAAAAAUAACGUUCAAAGAGGACACGCUCACUACAAAUUGGGUAUACCGAGAAAUCACUCGUGGAGGCCAAGGCGCGAUCAAUCUCAUACAACACAAGAAAUCGCACCGACACUACAUCAUGAAGCAAAUGUUUCAUGAUGUGGAUGAAGAGACUAAGCAUGAGAUCGAAAUGUUCGAAGCCGCGAGAGGUCACCCACGCAUCCUCAGCUACCUGGGCAACCUUCCGAACCCAUCAGAACCACUCAAAUUAAGACCCGUAUUUGAAUACUGCCGCGAGAGCGAUCUCAGCGAGUACUACAACACAUGGCAAGAACACGAAAUGCGGAUGCCAGAGACUCUGUUGUGGCACAUAUUCGAGCAACUAGCCGAGGGUUUGGUCCACCUUCACAAAAAACGUAACAUAGUCCACCGAGACAUCAAACCUGCCAAUAUCCUCAUCGCUUCAACCACAACGGGUGGCUAUCCGGAGAUAAAAUUUGCAGACUUUGGGCUUGCGCAGUUCCAGAGCGAAGAGCUGGAUAAAGAAGAGUAUGGAGCGGGCACCUGGAGCUACCAGCCUCCCGAGCCGUUUCGGUCAACAAAAGCGUCGGAUAUUUGGGCUGUUGGUAGCAUCAUUCACUAUCUCGCCCUCGGUGUGCCCCCUUGCUCUUUAGGCCGUCUUGACACCGAUAUGCCAAUCGAGGAAAAGAAAGAGAAGAAGAAGUUGGCACUGAGGCAACCGAAACACAUUUGCAAGGGAGCAAGCCACCUAAACUACUCUGACAAGAUUUGUCAAGCCAUGAAAUCGGCGUGUCACUUCAAUGCCCAGGACAGGCCCUCUGCGUCUCAGCUCUUGCAGCUUGUCAGGCCGUUUGCGCCUACCAGGGGUGAAAUGGCGGCCAGUCCCCUUCUAGAGUGGGCAAUCCAGAGAAAGGUACCCGGUCAUCACGAAUUCAACUCUUGGGAGUUAACGCCGGACGCCAACACGGAAGAUGACCCAUUCACAUAGAGGAAGAGCGUCUCGCAACAGUUUUGAGAAUUAUAGCCGACUUUAUGGGAGUUAUAUACUCAGGUUAAAAUUGAUGUGAACUCUGAUUUCUAUAGACGUCUAGCUAGUUGUAUAUAUACUAGGGGAAGGAAGGGGGGCCACCCCCUGGGUGGCGCGCUAGUAAGUUCAGCUGAACACUGCACAGCUGAGUUUUCAGCUGGGCUCUCCACAGCUGAGAUCUCAGCUGUGUUCUCUACAGCUGAUGUUCGGAGUAGCUUUCUAGCAUAUGAGUUGUUGAUCCUAGGUUGUAGUGCUGCAACCUGAGUUAUAUAGUAUACGGUAAUAUGUUUCUCUCCGAAUUACGAACGAUACCACCGUAUAUUACGAGCUCCU